UUUCAGUGUUGACUUAAAUAGUUGAUGAAAGAUGAAGACAAAGAAAACCCAGCAGCAGGGAAAGAAAAGGGUGAAGGAGGGGAUGAACAGGUCAGGCCACAGCAUGAACCCUAACCGGCCCGAAGAAUCGGCCAAGGGAGCUUCCAGGCUCCGUGACAAGGCCACCAUCCGCCGACUGCAGAUGUACCGCAACUUCAAGCCAAAACGGAACCGUCGGGGCCAGAUUGUCCGAGCUGCACCCUUCCAAAACAGACUCGCCUCUGGUUCAACUGCAAGGGUGGAGCCUAACCCAAAGUGGUUUGUGAACACAAGAGUAGUGACCCAGAAUGCCCUUCAAACAUUUCAGGAGAACCUUGGCAAGGCCCUCAAUGACACCUAUCAGGUUGUGAUGAGGAAGACCAAGCUGCCUAUCUCACUGCUGCAGGAGAAGGGUAAACAGAAACGACCGCAUGUCCUAGAUACAGAGGAUUUUGAGUGCACUUUUGGCCCCAAGAGCCGCCGGAAAAGGCCACAGAUGCAAGUGGGAGAUCUGGAGGAAUUGGUGCGCAAGGCAGAAGAGGGGGAUACCACAUAUGAUGAGGAGAAGGAUCUAGACCGGGAGCGGGACGACCUCGGUGUCCGAGACCUUGUCCGGGAGCCCAUCAUGAAGGCUGGCCAGAGCAAACGCAUCUGGAAUGAACUUUAUAAGGUGAUAGACUCAUCAGAUGUGGUGAUUGAAGUGCUGGAUGCGAGGGAUCCCAUGGGAACUCGAAGUCUUUCUGUGGAGGAGUACCUGAGGAAAGAGAAGACCCACAAGCACCUGGUCCUCCUCCUCAGCAAGAGUGACCUGAUCCCGACCCCAGUGACUCGGAGGUGGAUCCAGGAGCUGAGCAAGGAAUACCCAACCCUGGCCUUCCAUUCUUCCCUGCGAAAUCCUUUUGGGAAAGGGGCCCUCAUCGCCCUCCUGCGGCAAUUCGGCAAACUCCAUGCAGACAAAAAGCAGAUCAGUGUUGGAUUCAUUGGGUAUCCCAACACUGGAAAGAGCAGUAUCAUCAACACGCUCCGAUCCAAGAAGGUCUGCAGUGUUGCACCCAUUGCUGGUCAGACAAAAGUUUGGCAGUACGUGACACUGAUGCGUCGCAUCUAUCUCAUUGACUGCCCCGGGGUGGUGUACCCACAUCGAGAGUCUGAUGCGGAGAAGGUGCUCAAGGGGGUGGUCAGGGUGGAGUUGGUGGAGGAGCCAUCUCAGUACAUCCCUGCCGUCUUGGAUCGGGUCAGGGCGGAGCAUAUUGGGAAGACAUAUGGAAUCUGGACAUGGCGUGACCCUGAUGACUUCCUUGAGUGUCUGGCACGUAAGACUGGGAAGCUGUUAAAGAAGGGGGACCCAGAUGUCAAUACUGUUGCCAAAAUGGUUCUCAAUGACUGGCAAAGAGGGAAACUUCCAUGGUAUGUCCUACCUCCAAAUUGGAAGGAAAAGGAAGUGGAGGUGUCGGAGCGUGAGACGACAUCGGGCACCUUCCAAGUCGAAACCCUUCCUUCUCCAGAUGGUGAAAAUGCAAGUCCUGAAGUGGUGGAGGAGUCGAGGUGAUGAAUUUUUUAAUUGUUAAGUUGUUUCCAUUUGUUGAAAUGGUAAUAAAGCUUAUAAAUUUGAG